UAAAUCAAGUUUAUUUAUUUCGUUAAUUAUUUUUGGUUUAUUUUUUUGUUUUUGUGAUUUCUGUUGUUAAUUUUACCCACAUGCUUAUUCUAAUUAUUGAAUUAUGAUUAAUUUUGUGAAAACAUUAAGCUUGAACCCUAGUUCUGAAUUGGAGUGAUUGAUGAUUUACAAAGGGUUUUUGCCUUUUUGGGGGAGUGGCAAUAGUGGGAAAUAGAUCAGGGAAUUAUGGGUAUUGUUGUCUUAAUUUGUAAACUAUAAUAUUAAUUUGUGGGGCAAAAAAACCCAAAAUUGCAAAGCUAGGAAUUCUACGUGUACAAUUGUGGGCUUUGAAAAUUUUUAGGAGGAAUUAGGAUUUUUGGAAUUGAAUUCAUAGUACCAGUGAAGGGUCUUACCACUAAGGCAAUCAUUGAACAAUUGCUUAGUGAAGUGAAGCAUAUAUGGCAGUAGCUUCACCCUUGCAAUGGUCUUGGCCACAUAAACCUCAGAAUCCACAAUUGUAUUCGAAACCCCGGUUGCUUUCUAAUGUUCCUCGGUGUGUCCCUGUUGUAACUCCGGUCACUUCUUUGGAAGCGCCUCGCCCUGCUGUAAUACUCCCUGGUCUGGGGAAUAAUUCAGGGGAUUACCAGAGGCUGCAGGUCAGCUUAGAGGAAUAUGGGGUUAAAAGUGUGGUUGUUAGAGUUUCGAGGUUGGAUUGGUUUAGGAAUGCGGCGGGUUUAGCAGACCCUAGUUACUGGAAGGGUACACUUCGUCCUCGUCCUGUUUUAGACUGGUACCUUUAUAGGGUAGAUGAGGCUGUAAAUGAAGCCAAGGAGAUUGCUCAGGGUAGGCCGCUCUCUUUGAUUGGACAUUCGGCGGGAGGAUGGCUUGCUCGUGUUUAUAUGGAGGAAUUUGGGAAGUCUGAUAUCUCCUUGCUUUUGACACUUGGAACUCCACAUUUGCCGCCUCCAAAAGGAGUGUCUGGUGUUAUUGAUCAAACGAGGGGGCUAUUGUAUUAUGUUAAAGAUCAUUGUGCUAAAGCUGUGUAUACUCCUGAACUAAAGUAUGUAUGCAUUGCUGGAAGGUAUAUCCAAGGAGCUCCAGUAUUUGGAAAUUCUUAUGAAAUCGAGGAUGCAUCCCAAGCAGCUGCAGUCGUGAAUGUAUCUGAGUCAGCUUCGGAUACUGUGACAUUUCGAGCUCGCUUUGUUGGUCAGGGUUACAAGCAAGUGUGUGGGCAGGCAGUUGUAUGGGGUGAUGGAGUUGUUCCAGAGGUAUCUGCUCAUUUAGAAGGUGCUCUUAAUAUAAGCUUGGAUGGAGUAUAUCACUCCCCUGUUGGUUCAGAUGAUAUCUCAAGACCCUGGUAUGGCUCGCCUGAAGUCAUUAAGAAAUGGAUAAACCAUCUCCUAGAUUGACCAGAUGUGAGUGCUUUAACAAAGAGAUGAAUGUAAAAUGAGCUUAACUAGUUAGCGCUCUUGCAAUAAUGUUGCUGUCUGGCCUGUCUCAUAGCAGCAAGGAUUCAUAGAUUCAUUCAUCAAUUAGCUUUUAUUCGUAUCCACUAUGUAUUGAAUGUAGAAGAAAUCAACUAAAUGGAGGCUCACCUUUUUUUUU